GAACGCCGUAUUCUCGGAAUCGAUUCAAGCGGAUAUCAGCACGAACCAAAGCGGACAUUUUAGAAUUUCUUGCAAUAAAGGGAAAAGUAUAAAAAGAAGAUUCAUGUAUAAUUUUGGUAUUUAUUAUGACUAAAUAAUGACUGCAUAAAAGUUCAUCAAGCUCGGAGGAGAAGAAGAAACGAAUUGGCUGAUAUCAGAAUUAUAAAAAAGAAAUAAAGGAAGGCCGGCGUUAACAUAUCUGGUAGAAAGAAGGAACAAUGCUCGCUCAUUAUCAGGAGAACUUUCCUUCUUCCCAUCUACUCAUGGCACUGCCGUCGUCACUCGCAACCACGCCUCCCACAGAAUCCCGAUCGGUUUCACCACCGCAUGUACCUACCACUACUGACAUGCUUUAUACUACCUGCCCAUCGGAAAGAAGCGUUAAUUCAUCUCCCAUCGACGCUGACGAUAGCCGAUUGGCUUUGUGUCGUCAUAACGUGACAGGUUGCUCUGCCGGGGAAUCUCUUAAUUUGAGAGUCAAUUGUUUUGGAACAAAUGACGCAGUGGAAUCGGGUACAGAAGGGUGUAAUAUCAAAGCCGAUCAAAAUUGUGAGUCACUAAAACAAAAAGUAUGUGACAACAAAACCACAGCUGCCGCUGAUGACUUGUACAGUAUCUCCAACGAUAAUAGUACAGCGACCAAGGCAAUUUUUGAAGAAUUGUGUUGCAAUUCACGUAAACGAAAAAGAAAAUCACAGAAUCCGUCACGCGUGCCAGAGACAAUAUUUGGGGAUAAAAACCAGUUACCCAAUGAAUUAUAUUCAAAAAUUAUGGCAAAUCACUCACAGGUACCAAAUGUGAAUCUACCAGAGACUAACGGAACGGAAAAUUAUUUCUCCCGUAUUUCACAAGCAUCCCACUACAAAAUUUCGUCAGAAGAACAUUUAUAUAUGUCAGAAAACCCGAAACAAGAUUUUCCAAUUCAUGUUGGCGCAGAUAAUAUAAAAGAUAAUACUAGUUCGAAUAGAAUUAUGUUCAGUCAUCCUGCUGAUAUGUCACCUGCAAGUGAAGAUUACGAAUACGCUGUAAGAGUACCGAAGCAUAAGCUUACCCGCAGUUUUUCAGAUCCGGAAUCAGCACAAACCAUGACGUGGAAUAGCAAAGUGUUUUCAAACGAUCCUUUUUUAUCGAAAUCGGAUGGAGAGUACGACUCUCCCAAAAAGUAUUCAAAAGAUAGUCUUCCGGACUAUAAACGCCAUAGAGAUCAUUCAACUUGUCGUGCUGAUACUACUAUGAAAGGACACGAUCAGGAAGAGAAGGACCUAAUCAGUGACAGUCCUUCGAAUUCAAGACAAAAUUCACCCGCAUCUGCUGGAACAGGCCACACCAAAUCAAGCGACGUGAUUUAUACGCCAAGACGGGAACGUGAUUUUUUUACUGACCAUCUCAGUACGGUUUCCCUUGGAAUGUCAGCAUCAUCAACAAAUGCACAACGAGAUACUUUAAAAAUGUCUACUAGAUUUAGUGGACCAAUUGGCGGUCAAAUGCUGUCUCCAACAAAAAUGCCAUCAGGAGGUCCAAUGUAUCCACCGUUGGAUUGUUGUACUUCAUUGCCUGGUGGUGAAAUUAGGAGUGGCGUUUGGAUUCCUACUAGAUCAAGAAAUUGUCAUUUAUGUGGAAAAGAAUUCAAAAAUGUCUACAGUGUGAAACUCCACAUCAAAAAUGUUCAUCUCAAAGAAAUGUGGCAAUGUACAGUACCUGGAUGCAAUGCAACAUUCCCCUCUAAACGAAGCAGAGACCGACACAGUGCAAAUUCAAAUCUUCACAGCAAACUUCGACUGAGAGGAAUAUACGCAGACAGUCGUAUAUGUUCACAAACCGCCGGAAUGACUGAGAUGCUCAGAGAGAGACUUCUACCGACGUUUUUUCCUGGAUCAUCCAGCGAUAAAAUGAGUGAUGAACAUUGUGGUGAUGCGGCAUCUCAGCAAAUUAAAGAAUCAAAUUGCAACGAUAACAAGAGCGAUGUUCAUUUUGCAAAAGAAGCUCGCGAUCAUCAGAAACAUACUGAUGAACGUAUUAAAGCGUUUGAUCACAAAGAAAACACAAUGCAAAACAAAGAUAAUGCAUCAGGAUUGAGUCACAAAGAUGGUUCGAAGAUAUCUAGCGAAGCGGUGCGAAAAAAUAAAACGCCCGAGAAAAAAUUAAACCCGACGGACUCUUACAUUCCAAAUAAAGUAGAACAGCCUAGCAGCAAUACUGAUUUUUAUAGCAUCUAUCAUAAACUUUUGACUGAUGCAAUUUCCUCAUCAAUGAAAAUGAAAGAAAGGUAUCAAACGCUGCAUCCCCAGAUUCACUCUAACUCCCUUUUCUCUGGCAUGCCUCCAUUUUUCAAUUCACAAUUUUUACCACCCUAUCUGAACAUGAAAAUGUCACCACUGGCACCUCCAUUUGUACCAUACAGUGUUUUACCAAACCAAAUAACAGACCGUGCAUCUGGUAUGAAAUCCAGAAACGAGAAUAUCAUGGGGUCGCUCAACACUCGUCGGUCAGAAGUACAUAAGCCAGAAAGAGAGAGAGUAACGAUUUCGAGAGACUCCAGAAGAGAAGACUCCAAUGAUGAAGCUCCGAACAAAACGAGGCAUAAAAGUUCAACUGACACAGCACUAACAGAAAAUAUGAAGUUAGGUAUGUUUUCAAAAUUUGAAACAAAAUCAGAUAUCACAGAGGAAAAGUUCACUACUCACAGUUUGAAAGAUUUUGAGUAUGAAAAACUCAACAACUGCUUUCCCUUGAAUAACCCUUUUUUGAAUCCGAGGUGGUACUCUGACAAUAAAUCUUUUAGAUCUGAUUAUACCGAUAAUUAUUCUGGCAAUGUUCAUCAAUACCCAUCUCGUCAGCCAUAUACAUCAUCAGAGUUUUGGAAAAUGCUUAGCAAAAUACAAAGCACAUCGCCUACAAGCAAUGGUCAUAUAUUCACGGAUUAUCUAAAAUAUAUGCAGCAAAAUGUUUCUAAACAGCAUGUCAUCGAUAGCGGUAUUCGUGAAAAGAUAUCUCCUGCUACCAGUAGGCAAAGCACAAAUAACGAACUACCUUUCUCUAAACGCUCACUUGACAACGAAUCAUCAAAUUACGAUGUAGGAAAUAAGAAGAAACGGAUAGCUGAAUCGCCGUUACAAAUCAACUCUCAGGAAGAACAAAAUAAAAGUGUCAGUCAGAUUCCAAGAAACUAUUUGCUUGAGAGGCCGAAACACAUCAAACUAUCUCGCCCUCUAAACGACGAAAUUUAUUCAAAAGGAAGUAUAUCUUCAGUUCGCGACUCAAAACUAAAUGGAUUCGGUUUGCAUAACGCUAAGCCUCGUCAGCAAGAAAACAAAGACGUACAAAAAUCAAAUGAAGCCCGCAUUUCGGAUAUUCAGAGAAAGAAAGCUGGACAAAAAUCACAUAGUAUUGAUACAAACGUAAACAAGUCGCCUUGGUCCUCUUCUUCAACGGCAUCGGAUCUAGAAAAACAUAGCGAGAAGACAGUUUAUAAUGCAACAAACAUUCCCAAAAUGUUAAGCCCAUUGACGCCACAACAUCAUCCACAGUUACCUUCAUUUUCUCCGAAUCCUUAUUUUCCACAAAAUUUGGGAGAUAAUCCUAAUCACUUUAUGAGCGCGGCUUUUAUGGCGGCGGCCAUGGCACGACAAAAGGGUGGUUUUCCUAUACAGAGUCCUUAUCUUGAUAGAAAAUUUCAUACGCCCCCUGUCUCUCAAGCAAUGAUGCGACCUCAUUUGUUUCCCGGUGUUUAUAAUAUCAUGGAAUCGAAUGGUAUGCCGCCAAAUCAUUUGUCGCCGGAAGAAAUGCUUGGAGCGAUGGAAGGCGUAACAGAAAUGGAUGAUCCAACACUGGGAAUGGAAGGAAAUACAUGGAAAACUGGACCAGUACAAUGUAGCAUUUGCAAACGAAUGUAUAGCAAUAAAGGUACAUUGCGAGUUCAUUUCAAAUCAGUACAUCUUCGUGAAAUGCACAGGUGCACUGUACCUGGGUGUGAUACAAUGUUCACUUCUGUCAGAAGCAGAAACAGACACAGUCAAAACCCGAACUUACACAGGACUCUUCCUUAUCAUGGUUAAGGUAUAUAAUGUACAUUACAAGCCAUUUAUAGUUAGAUUUUUCAUAAAACAGGUUUUGGCUCGAAUCUUUUACCCCAUUUUGAGCCAAAAUUAAACUUUUAAUAUUUCCACAUGUUUGUUGCAGGAAAUAGUGUAAUGGUGUGUAAACUGUCUCUAAGGUGUCACAAACGAUGUUGUUGAUCUGUCAUUAAUGUUAUUUGACUAAUUAUGAUUUUACUUCAGUAUUAUUUUAUGUUAACAUUCAAAUUAUAAUUGUACUUAUUAUGUCGCAGACAAAAACAAUCUGUCUUGGACUAACAUGUUGAGCAUAUUCAUGUAUGUUUUUGUGGUUGCAACAUUUACAAGCGACUUUCAAGAUAUUUCCCUUUUUAGUUCUAAUUGUUUCUUAUAGAUAAUAUUUUAGUAAAAAAGUUCCAUGUAGACAAUAUUUUAAAGUUCUUCAGUGUGCUUAUAACACAAGUAUGAAAGAUUUUGUUGACUAUUUUGUAGAAUACAUUUCCGCAUAUUUUUAUACCCAAGUAUUAGCCUGAUACACAAUGCGACUUGAAAAUUGUUCACCUGCGCCGCGUUCUAUACGAAAGAUUAAUUGUUUGAGAAAAAUAUAUUAUCUGCAUUAUCUUGGUUCUAAUAUAUUUUUGAUCUGUUCCGAAAUUUGAAAAAUAAGUAGGAGGUAGUAUUAUAUAUCUCUAAUACGGACCUAUUCAUUACCAGGUUUUCUCUACUAUGACCCAAGCACGAAUUCAUUUUCUAGUUUUAAUAAUUGUAAUAACUAGUUGUGUAUUUGGAGAAUGAAGGCAAUCUCAUUUCACUCACUUUUAUAGGCUUUAAGCCUAACAUUUAUGUUUCCAAUAUUCAACAUUUCUGUUUCGUUUAAUAUUCUUAUUAUCUGUUAUAAUUGCACUUUUCUUGUAAGCAAAAAAUCGUGUGUUAACACUUGAUAGAAUAAACAU